AUGCAUCAAAUGGCGUGGAGCCUUGUCCUACAGUUCGUCCUCCUCCCAGCUCUGGCUAUGACACGUGCACGCGCUGGUGCUUUGCCGACUGACAUCCUGACCUUGGGCACCGCACGAUACGUCCUGAAAGCCUUCAACUACAAGGAAGGCGAUGGGACCUUUGUGAAGCUUGACAAAUCCAUGGAGGUGGCCGUUGGCUACGUCUUCGCAGUACCCUUCCCGAUAUCCGCGGCCUAUCCUGCUGUGCCUGUGUGUCUGCCCGGCGGCUGGGACGAUAUAGGCGCGGCAGCGGCCUGCAGGCAGGCGGGGUUCUCCACCGGUCGCACAUUUGCCACGGGCGGCAACACAGGCUACCCGAAAGUCCAGCUGACAGGCACAGUGUCAGUGCGGAACAUCACUUGUCCCAACGGCGCAACAUCACUGAGUCAGUGUACGGCGACACGACUUCUUAGUGGCGUUUGCAAAGCGCUAGCAGCAGUGGUAUGCAAAGGAGCGGUCUGGCUGCCGCCCAAGACACCCAGGCCGCCCAAGCCGCCGCCGCCGCAGCCGCCGCCCUCUCCACCAAGACCAACACGGCGGCCACCCCCUCCCCCUCCGCCAACACCCUUACCCCGGCCACGCGCUCUAAGGCCGCCGCCUCCUAAAUCGCGUUCAUCACCGCCACCUCCACCACCCGAGCGCUCCCUUCCCCCUCCGUACGAGUACGAAUCGCCGCCACCACCUCCGGAGAACUCGCCAGAAAACACUCCACCGCCCCAGUACGAGUACGAAUCUCCUCCACCGCCUCCGGAAAAUACGAAUGACAACACUCCACCCACCCAGUACGAGUACGAGUCACCUCCGCCACCUCCGGAGAACAACCUGCCUCCUCCGUACGAGUACGACUCGGCGCCACCACCCCCGAAGCACUAUCCCCCGCCUCCGUUCAAGGACAACACACAACCUUCCGGCGGAGAUGUCCGCCUGAUAGGAGGGCUCCAAGUAUGGGAGGGUCGAGUGGAGAUAUUUUUCCGCGGCCAGUGGGGUGUCGUCUGCGGCAGGUGGACGUCUGUGGAGGCAGCAAUGGUUUGCAGACAGCUCGGAUUUAACAGCACCUCGGUUCGCGUGACUCGCUGGACCCCGCCGCCCAAUCUGCCCAUCUGGCUGAGUGACAUCAACUGCUCCAAAAUCGAUGCCAGAAGUCCGUACAAGGGCCUGGCAGCAUGCAACUCCAACGGUAUCGGCGUGAUCACGUGUCAGGCGGGCUCCGACGUAGCUGGCGUACGUUGCUUCGCUUGAAUGUUUCAUACGACAGCCCGUCUGGUUUUGGGGCUCGCGUGCAUAGCUGCCAGUAUUGUAGAAUAUCUUGGUUGUGAUGUAACAGCGCGAAGAUUAAUUCUCUAGAUGUGUGUGUGGUUGUUACAGUGGGCAGCUCCAGACUCACGAAGAGUAGAGCCAGCAAUCUCUAGAUGAUUGUACCUUACAAGUCGUACCGGUACGGGACGAUGGUAUGGCAUGGCAGGGACGGAGAUUUGUGACUCAGGGGCUAUAGUGUUAAUCAGCGUGAAGAAACAACGGAGGAGGCGUGCCUAGUUAAGCUACCUGAAGAACGUAGCUCGUUUUUGGCGGCCCAUUUAUUCAGUUGAAUAAUGCUAGCUUGCGUAUAGAAAUUAUAUUUCAUGUUGUUAUUUAAGUCAACAACGG